CACGAGCACAGAUCAGCCAAUGGAAUAGGGGGACAAAUGAGCGUUCAUGUCAAGUGAAUGUAAGGAGUUAAGCUUGUUAUGAGCUAAUUGUCCGAUUAUAACCCUCCAUUAUAUUUUACAUCAAACAUUUGUUGUCACCAACUGGAGAGUCGUUUAAGAGGUCAGCAUCAUGGGUGAACCACAGCAGGUUAGUGCCCUGCCCCCUCCACCUAUGCAGUACAUCAAAGAGUACACGGAUGAAAACAUCCGCAAGGGUCUGGCUCCUAAGCCACCUGCGCCCAUCAGAGACAGCUACAUGAUGUUUGGCAACCAGUUCCAGUGUGACGACCUCAUCAUCCGGCCUUUGGAGAGCCAAGGCAUUGAGAGGCUCCAUCCCAUGCAGUUUGACCACAAACGGGAGCUUAAGAAGCUCAACAUGUCCAUUCUCGUGAACUUCCUGGACCUGCUCGACAUCCUUAUCAAGAGCCCGGGCAGUAUAAAGCGCGAGGAGAAGCUGGAGGACUUAAAGCUUCUGUUUGUUCACAUGCACCACUUGAUAAAUGAGUACAGGCCACAUCAAGCGAGGGAGACACUGAGGGUGAUGAUGGAGGUGCAGAAAAGACAGAGGCUAGAGACAGCUGAGAGGUUCCAGAAACAUUUGGAGAGGGUGGUGGAGAUGAUUCAGGGGUGCCUCGCCUCUCUACCCGAUGACUUACCACAAAUGGAGGGUCCAGAUGGCGCUGGUGAUGGAACAAGGAAUGUAUCUGCAGUAGCUAGUAUUGGUUGUUCCUCUGGGCAGGCCCCCAGGAUGAAAAGCGAACCUAUGGAUGUAGAGGAAGCAGGUGCCAGCUGUAUGGCAGUGGGUCAACAAGACAAGAGCAUCCCCACUUCGAAAAGAGACAAAAUAUGGGACAAGGAUGCUGCUAUGUGCAGUAUUAUUGAUGAAAUUGCUUAAAUUUUAUGCUGAGCAGUCAUGUUUCUUUUUUGUACAUCUAAAUUGUGUUUGUUGUUUGUAUGCUGUACUUAGUGAGUAUGCAGACAUUUGCUGUGUUUUCACUGGGCCUGAAUUCCUGUCUGGCAUGGUGUUUUAUUUAAAAGCUAUCACAUAGAUAUUAUCAGUUCCUGUGAAAAUGUUUAAAGACUUUAAAUAUUACACAAUCAAUUGGGCUGUCAACUUUCAGUUUUUGUAAUGAAACCAAUAAAAAAAACUUCCAGUUGCA